UCAAAAAAUGUCAGUUUCAUCUUAGUUUAAAAGGAAUAUGGCCGUGUUAGGCCAGAAUGUGAGUGUAAAUAUGAAUGGACACAGUAAUAUUCAUAGUCAGUUAACAAAAUCAUUAGAAAGAAUUUUGGAAGAUGCUUACUUAAGUGGUGAAUUAAAAUUAAGCGGACGCAAAUUACGCGAGUUUCCAAAACCAGUGAAGUUUGACUUGAGUGAUACAGUUAUUGCUGAUUUAUCAAAAAAUCGGUUUGGGGAAUUGCCAGAUGAAGUGACAACAUAUAUUUUUUUAGAGAAAUUAUUACUGUCACAAAAUGUUAUAAGAAAUAUUCCUGAUGCUGUUGGAGGUCUGCAGUCACUAACAUAUUUAGAUUUAAGUUCAAACCAGCUCACAGAGCUACCGCGUGAAGUAUGUCAGAUGCCACUUCAGGUUCUUCUCGUGCCAGACAACCUGCUGAUGACUCUGCCGAAGGAGAUCGGCAAGAUGACGACGCUGGCGGAACUGGACGCUUCAAAUAACAGGCUGACACAGGUGCCAAUGACGCUGGGAGACUGCACAGGGUUACGCUGUCUGAAUCUAAGCAAUAAUCAAUUGGGUCUUUUGCCUUUACAAAUCACAUACCUCCGCCUGGAACACCUAGAUGUAAGCUGUAAUUGUAUCUCUUCGCUGCCUCUGGAACUACGUAACAUGUCUACGAUCAUCACAUUGAACCUGGAAAAUAAUCCUCUAGUCUCACCACCUACAACUAUAUGCAUGCGCGGGCGCGUGCAUAUAUUCAAAUACUUAGAUAACAUGGCGAAUAAGGACUCACUCACACAUAGAAGGGUAGAAGAAACACGCCGCGGUACAAAGCAUACGUCAUUUAACUCGCCGGGACAAACGCAGAUGAUAACAUCGGGUAACGCUACCAUAGAUUGCCUUAGGCAUAAACCCAGACAUGUAGUUGACAGCGGGUAUAGCACAGAUGGCGUUGAUAAACGAUGGUCCAAUGAUGCGGGUGAAUUAGGAGGUGGAUCUGGUCGGUCGACGCCGAGUACUCCAUCGACUCUGUCACCCGGGGCAGCUCUCUCCAGAGCCCAAUCUUUGUCCAGCGAAUCUCCCUUGGCACCAUUGACACCAAUCCUUACCGGCAUCCGUAUUUCACCCGAAGGGAACGGCGAGGAUAAGAGUAAAUUAGCUCAUCAACAGACAUACAGACAAUACAAAGAAGCCUUAAGACAGCAGCGGCAGCAAGAUGUCUACCGACCCCGCACCGACCAACCCUCACCAGAGCUAGACACUUCACCGCAAUCCCAAAACCAAAGUCCUGUCCACUUCCAGAAAUCCAGUUCGCCCGUCAACGGAUUCAGUAACGUAUCAUACAACAGAUCACUCUCUUCGAACUCACCAAAUAACAUACCAACAUCUCCCCUCCUACAUUCCACCCCACGUAGGUUUCAAAACGGAGAGAAAAUCGAAGAAAACAAAAGGCCCGUACAAAAAGUCGUACCCUCCCGGAACGUAGCAAAAACUUUCGCGCCCGUUAACUUGAACGUUGACUACGCACGCGUCAAUGGCGACGCGUAUACGAAACCGACAUCGCCCACAAAGUCUCCAACCAACACGUUAGGUUAUAAAAGGCAGAAUGGUGACGCGAAGUUGUUGACAGCGACAUAUUUAAAAGGUGGCGCGAAACCGAAGAUUUGGAGUAAGGACGCGGUGGACAAACUCAGCUUCACUAUGAAGAGGGAGUUCGAUAAGCAGAAGGAAGAGUCGGACUUGCUUCAUCAGUUAAGAAUGAUAAUCGAAAGCCGACUAAAGAUGUCCCUGCCAGAACAGUUAGCCCCAGUACUGGCGGAUGGCGUAGUCCUCUGUCACCUGGCGAACCAGUUGAGGCCGCGGUCUGUCGCCUCUGUACAUGUACCUUCACCUGCUCAGCCGAAGCUUACAAUGGCUAGAUGUAGGAGAAACGUGGAUAACUUUUUGGAGGCAUGUCGGAAAAUUGGAGUCGAAGAGAAACUUAUGUGCUGCGCGGCAGAUGUUCUCGAAGGCAAAGGGACUGUCCAAGUGGCGAUCACGGUUACGGAGCUUUUAAGGCGACACUCUGUUAUUAAGGAGACGCUUUCGCCGAGUUCCAUCCCUGUCCCAACACCGCCCACCUAGCGUAAAUUCACUUUAGCCCCUGAAUCCGGCCUCAUACUUUAGACUCAAUACUUUAGGAAGCGAAAGAGACGGCUAUAUUUUUAUUAGCUACGUUUGAAAUAUAUCGAACGUAUUUUUCCUAUUUAUAUUGAGUUAAGCUAGUCUUUAUUAGAACAAGAUGUCUUUUUCACUGAUGUUUUUAAAUUGUUUUAUGGAUUUUCUUCUUUAUGUCAUCGUAUAUAACAAAUUAUCUUACAUUUAUGUAUUACUGAUUUUUUUUUGAAAUGAUUUGAUUCAUAAAUGGUUCGUAUGAGUGUAAUGUUUCGAAUAAUAUUUGGUUGGUUUACCUCUGCUUCUGCGACCCAAAUUGUAUGAUUUUGAACUCUCUUCAGCGUUUAAUUUUUAUAGUUAAUCUAUAGUUAAAAAAUAUUGUUAUAUUCCAAUAAAACAAUCACAAUUUAAUAUGAAAGAAACCUAAACAUUACCUUACAGACAAUAGAUUAGAGACAUAUGAGAAUAUCUUCGGAUUUUUAUACGUGGAAGAGUUCGUACUUAAUUUUGUCUAUGAAUUUUAAUAUUUCCAGUAACGUUUAAAGGAAUUAAAACCUAGUCAAUUUAAACCAAAUCUUACAACUACUUUCAUUCGACCGAUAAUAAUUCGAAGGAAAAAAUAAUUUGGCUGUUCCUACAAGGUUUCCAAAUGCGAUCUUUGUUAUCAAAAGUCAAAGUACGGAAGUCAUACUCAGCCUGUAAUAUGAAUAUAAAAUAAAACUAAGUUGCAGGAGCUCUCAAACUAUUUUCCUAUUACACUUUCAGCAAAACUAACAAACUUAUUCUGAAUUUGAUGUUUUAGAAAAAACAUGAAGAUGUUUAUAAUUCAUUUCAUGAGGUCUUUUACAAAAUACGUAAUAAAUAGGUCUUUGUAUAAUGCAAAUCAAAAUUACUAGUUCCAUAUUUCCUAUCUAGAUAAAUCCCCUUAUUUGUUCGUAUCGGUGCUUUAAUAAACUCGUAUAGUGCGAUAAUAAAGCCCUUUCGUCUAGGUAUUGAUAUCAACAAGAUUUAAGCUUGUAGAAUCAUUUAGCCAUUGUGUCAUAUUAGGUUAUAAUUUUCCUACCAUAUUUUAGUAUUGAAUUUACAGAAUUGAUUAAUUCUUGUAAUUUUUAUGGAAACAAACAUAUGAUUGUGGUCAUCUGCACCUUACUAUGCAAGGUAUACCAGUAAUAAUAAUGACGUCAUCAAACGACGAAAUUUUUUAGUGUUCCCAGUUUUUUAAUAUAAGCGCUGAUGACGAAAUAUCGAAGAGUGACUGAAGUAGUUCUUCGAUUUCUCGUGAAUUUUGUGUUUUUUUUAUUUAUGUAAAAUACACGAAAAACUUAUUUUUAGUAGAAUUUUUGUGUAUUGCGUAACUUAAGGAAUGUAGAUGUAAAUUUUCUUUCUUUUGCAGUACAGUUUGAGAUUGGUCGAUAUAAAAAAAAGAAUUGCACCUAGUGCCUGUGUUUACGCACAAAAGUAAAUUCUAAAUUUUAAUGCACUCGAUGUAGGUAAUUUUUUAUAUGGAUAUACAUUUAGUAUAGCAUGAUUUCCUUUCAUAAAACCUUGAAUAGUCGAAUAAGAGUCGAUUUUGCAACUGUGAUGUGCCGAACAAGUUUCUUUGAGAUAGGAAUCUUGUAGAAUGUAAGGUGUUCGAAUAAUAAAGUAAUAUGGAUGCUACAUUAGCUACAUUGCCGAUAACUUAACAAAAGAGAUGAAAUAAUGAAGAACUUUCUCGAAUAAUUGGACGUAACAUUUAUAUGUUUCUACGAAGUUUUAGGACAUUUACAUUCGUUAGACAUUGUCUUAUUAUUCAUAGUCAUCCCACACAGAUGCCUUACGACGGUAGUAAGUCCGCAUAUUUAUACCAUGGGAUAAAAAAAAUUAAAGAAAAAUCUGAGAGUUGUAUAUCAAAGAAGCGAGUUUUUGGUAUAAAACUAAGAUAUUAUUUCCAUCGCAGAAAAAAACUGGGGUCUUUUUGGGACACCAGCAGGGUGUCCAGUUAGCUCGCAUUACAAGUUCUAGAUCAAUACUCUCUUGGAUAGACUGUAGCAACAAAUAUUGGGAUCAUCACGUGAGCUUAAAGUUUUGUAAGUAGUUUAAGAAGCUCGUUGAUGUAGAAACGGUUUUGUAGGUGCGCUGUUUUGUAGGUAUUUCUUAUUUUUAAAUAUGAUCACAGACCUGUCAUUAGAUUUUUACUAAGAAUCUUUAGCUAAAUAAAAUUCAUCACAAAAGAUAGGCUUGCCUAAUUGAAGUAGACUACGCAAUUAUAAAUAUUGGCACGUUACAUCGCUAGAAGUUAAGAAAAGAAACACACACUUUCUGUGUCUGUGUGUGUGACUGGCCAAAGUAUACCAAGCGUGAAUGAAGCUAGAAUUGUCGAGUCUCUUAUCAUUCUACUGGCACAAGGACCUGACUACUCAACUACCUAAGUCUACUAAUUAUGUCGUCAAGUUUUCGCGUGCAAGCUUCCUCCUAUGUAGAUACUCGGAUGCAUUUGUACUUAUGAUUAUGUAUAUUUUCGAUAUAACAAAAUUGUAAUCACCACCGAUUUGAUAUUUGAAUACUCAUAGUUUUAAAUUGUAGAAUAAUUUCAUUCUCGUCACUUAUUAUAGUCAAUUCUUAAUAUAGGAUAUUUAUGCAAUAACUAUGUGAUGUACGUAGAGUUAUCUAUGGUAUACAAUUACGGAGGUUAGCGUCAAGCCGUUUGGUUUAGUCUCCUCAUUUAAAUUCAAAAAUAAAUAAAGCUCUUGUCUUGCUUGACUUGGCAGCCUGUAUAGAUUGCACAUGAAGCAAUCAAAAGACAAUAGAAGCAAUACGUCUUCAUAAUAAAUUUGCUUUACUCUGUGAAUAAUUUAAAAUUAAAACAGAAUCUAGACCUUUCAAGAGAUUAGACUCUAAUAAGUAGGUAUUCUUUCGGUGUUAAAAGAUACCUUUUUUAAAUAGUACAUUAUGUUCUUUACAAACGACAAUCACAAACAAUUUUUGGCGCUAGUUUUUAUAUAUAAUAAGUAAUAUUUAUAAUUGUAUUUUGCACUUAGAUAUACCUUGGUGACCAUUUCUUGAUGAUAUUUAAAUUUGUUACCAUUUUUUUGUGAUGUCCGAAAUAUUUUAUGAAAUUUAUGUUCCAUUUAAAAUGAUUUAUUUUUGGUUUUCUCAUAUAGCAGAUUUGAUUUAAAUAUGUAUUUAAUUAUUUGAAGUGAUGUAUAUAGUUAUAGGUGUGGUAAGUGAAGAAAGUCUUUGUCUUUCAAAGAGAUAGUGCCAAAGACUGGAAGGGGACUGGAUUGUGUAUUCUUUGAUGUAAUAUUUCUCGUACACUUGUGUUUAUAUGUAGAUACAAAUAAAGUUACACAAAUA